AUGGCUAUGUUUAGAACCAUGAAGAGGAAGAUGGGUAUCAAAGCGGUCGUCGAGAAGCUGCAAAGGAGGCUAUCACGAAGUCGAAAAUCGAACAAUGGGAUUCAUAAUGAGGAUUUCGACACGACUAGGGUGCCAGAAGACGUGAAGGAAGGGCAUUUUGCAGUGGUGGCAGUAGACGGGGAGGAGGCGAAACGAUUCAUCGUUCCGUUGAGUUGUUUGACCCAUCCUAUGUUCUUGAGGCUGUUGGAGGAAGCAGCUGAGGAGUAUGGGUUUGAUCAUGAAGGUGCAUUGGCAAUCCCAUGUCAGCCAAGUGAGGUUCAAAGGAUUUUGGAUGAGCAAUGGAAGUUGGAGCUUAAAAGAGUUGGGGAAACAUCUCAAGGCUAG